AUGACUCGCUCGCAGCUCGUGGCGGUUUGGGAUAAGGCUGGCCAGAGGGUCUGGCUGCAUGGCGGAAACGAUGGCUUCAUGAAGCAGGACCCGUGGAGAUACGAUUCUUCAGCAAACAGCUGGGAUCUCGUCAGGGACAUUGUGCAAUCCGGGCCAUCCGCACGGGUCUCAUGUUGCUGCCUGGCAUGCGAGAGCCCAGGUCUUGUACAUCUACGCCGGCUACAACGGGACCCUUUGCGGAGACCUUUUGGGAUUUCUGGUGACCACUACCUCGACUACACACUCCAAGACAAGUUCUUCAACAACUUGGACUUACAGCUCCACCACCACAAGCUCCAGCUCCACAGCCUCCCGGACAAGUACUUCACACACACGGUCGUCAAGUACCACCGCAAGCACCAGCUGAAGCAGCCUUUCCAUCAGCACCAGCACGAGUUUCACUUCAACAUCAAGAACUCUCGCGCAGGUUCCAGCUGGGUCUUAUGGAUUUUUGCAAGCUUCGUGGCAGUUUUUGUGCUGCCCGUCUCCAUCGUCAGUUUCCGGUACCACUUGUACCGGGAAGUUGUCGUGCCGGUCACGAUCCAAGAGCGCUUGCCGUUCAAAGCGCCGCAGCCAGUCGAUCCCCCGCGGCUAUGCGUGACGUCUUGGGUGCUGCUGACGCUUCCGGUCCUGUCAAUCACAUCGCCUCCGCCGCCCGUGGCGGUUCACUCCGGUGCUGCUCGGAUCAGCAUCCGUCUGCGAUCUGACAUGAG